AUGAGUUUACCGAUACGAGCUUUAGUAGUUUGCCUGUUGUUUGUUUCGGUGGUUUCAGAGAUUGCAGAGAGCGUUAUUAACAAAACAAAUUGUGAAAAGGAUGGAACAUUCAACAUCACGGCUUACUACCAGAUGCCUCCGCUCUAUCUCUACGACGAUUACGAUCGCUGCCUAGAGGAAUUUCCGGUGCGUGCCACGUACUGUUUGGUAGACAGUUGGAUCGUUCCAAACGACACCAUACCACUAUGGUCCGUGAUAGAGCAAUUUUCCAACGAUACGAAACGUAGCUUCCGGCAUGACCGACUACAGCGAGGUCUCUGUAUGAACCGCUGCCAUCAGCUAAUGAGCAAGUUCGAUCGCCGCACCCAGAUGAAGUACUUCCAGUCACGCUUCGAAGUGAAAGAUUUUCAGGAGAUUACGUUCGAUCCGAAUACGUUCCGUGAGGCGCUCGAUUGGCGUAACCGGUACCGCCGUUUAGCCAAUCAGUGUGUCAAUUACGAGCUGAAGCGUCAGUACUCCUUGAUGGCAUACAGCACCGUCGAAUAUUGUGUGACGAAUCGGCAGCAAGCAGAACGGGACGUGCUCGUGUCCGGGUUGCCAUCGUCCGCGGAAGCUUUAGAUGAGAUUGAUGUUGUGUUUCUACUUAUUUUGGGUGUGCUGUUCGUCCUCACGCUGAUCUCCACCGUGUACGAUUGUAGCCGGUAUCGCCAAACAAAAUCACACGGUACGGUUACGGAUGGAUUAAGCGAUUACUAUCGAUCCGGCCUCGAACGGCCCGGCGUAAGCCGAUGGACCAUUCUGCUGGUUGCGUUCUCCCUUCCCCGGAACUGGCAGCUACUGACAACGGCACGGAAAAAGGCGACCACAUCCUCGAAAGAUUUGCGCUUCAUACAGUCGGUGCGAUUUCUGGUGAUGUAUCUCGUCAUCGCCGGCCACUCCAUGCUGUUUAAUUGUAUCUUCCCGCUGCACAAUCCACAGUACGUCGAGCUGAACUACCGCCGGCUCAUUACGAUGCUUAUCUUCAACGGUAUUACGGUGGUGCAAACGUACUUCACCAUAAGCGGAUUUUUGCUGGCCGUUCAUUUCGUGGAUUUUGCCGAGAAACAGCGGACCUUCCGUUUGUGGGACUUUCUGCAAAGCAUCCUGUACCGGUUUUUAAGAUUAACACCAGUCUAUGGGUUUAUGAUGCUUCUUGACGCUUCCUGGUUGAUCCGAAUGCAGGAUGGACCGGUCUGGAAGCGUGUAGCCGAAACCGAACGUACCUACUGUAGAGCAAACUGGUGGGCUAAUGUGCUGUAUGUGAACAACUACGUCACCGUAUCGGAACCGUGCUUGCAACAGACCUGGUACCUUGCAACGGACUUUCAACUGUUUAUCAUCGGGCUUGCCUUGCUGGCACUUACAUGGCGCUAUUCGAAGCUACUCAAACCUUUGCUAGCACUGGCCGGGGCGGGAGCACUCCUAACACCGGCCAUCGUCACAUACGUCAAUCGGUUUGAAGGAGUCGUAAUCUUACGGCCCGAAGCCCUCAAGUAUGUGCUGUGGUAUGAUGCAAUGUAUCGCAAGAUGUACAUUCCGACGCACACCAAUUUCGGCAGCUAUCUGGCCGGGUUGAUGGCCGGUUUGAUGUACCACAAGCUAAAGCGUGCCGACUUCAACGCCGUUCGUCAUAGGGGCUUUCUCGUGCUCUGGUACGCAUCACUACCGGCUGCGAUCGUUCUGCUACUAUCAGCCUACAUAUUUUAUGCGUACGACUUUGCCAAACCCGCCAUAUGGAUAGCGGUCUACGCCGCGCUAGCGAAAAACCUCUGGGGCGCACUUUUUGGCGUACUGUUCGUUGGGGUAGCGUUCGGGGUUGGCGGGUUUCUGCGAGCCACGCUUAAUAAUUCGAUCUUUCGACCACUGGGCAAGGUGACGUACUGUGUGUUCCUGUGCCAUCUCUUUGUGAUUCGCGUCACGUUGGGCAAUGUACGGCAGCCGAUAUACGUAAGCGAUAUGCGAAUUCUUGUUUCAACCUCAUCCACCCUUGUGCUGGCCUACAUUAUGGGAACGUUGAUGUGUCUGCUGAUAGAGUUACCGUUCUCAAACAUUCAGAAACAUGUGUUCUUCUUUAAAAAGGAAAAUAUCUACAAAGAAGAAAUUCAACUUGUUUCUAAUGGAUGUACCAGCCAAUCCGAUUGCCUUGGAAAUAAAGAAACCAAAGAAACAAGUGGGGAAUCAUAG